GAAAUGAAAGGCGGAGGAGGUCUCAUAGCCCCAGAAAUGAAAGUCAAAAAAGGUCUCCUAGUCCAAGAAAUGAAAGACGAAGAAUAUCUCCAGUUCCAAGGAGUAAAUACAAUGACGCAAGGCAAACUACUCCUAAAUAUCGCCAAUCUUCCCCUCAACAAUAUGAACAAAGCAAUAGACGCAAUUAUGAGGAAUAUGAUGAUUCAGACAAUGAAGAUUAUAAUGAAAUAGAUUAUAUCAGGGAUAGUGAUUAUGACAGGGGUAAUUAUACACACACUCAUAAAGAUGAUCAUUAUGAAAGGGAUUAUCCUGAAGAACAUAGACAGAGAUCUCGUAGAUACAGUGCAGAUAGCUUGGAAGAAGAUGUACAUGAACAUAGUCAACACAUUGAAGAUAGUCAUCAUGUUGAAGAUAAACAUGGCUAUAAUACACAUGAACCUAGUCCUACAUACAAGAAACAACAUUAUAAUUCUCAGAGGCACGGAGAGCAAUAUGAUUCUGAUAAAGAGAAUUCUAGAAAUGAAAAUGAUAAUGAUCAAAAUGAAGUGUACCAGGAAGAACCUAUUGAACAGAAUGAUGACAUUGAUCAGGAAGAGAAAUGGAGAAGAGCUUCAGCUAGCAUGCAGAGUAAGGUCCAAGAGCGAGGUAAAAAGCAAAGACUCGCCAAAACUGUUAAACCAGAAAAACAUUCCAAAGAUUACAUCAAAGAAAAUAGGUCAACGUAUGGUAAGAAACCACCCUCUGGAGGUAGCUAUAGUAGACAGCUUCAGAAAAAGAAACGAGAAAAUGAGAUCAUGGAGAAACAUUCUCAUCGUAAACAAGGUAUGCCAAGUGCUGCCUCAAGUAUGAAAUCAGCAUAUUCUGAUGGAUAUAUAUCUAGGAGAAUAUCAGUUGAUGAACCUAUUAAGGAAGCGUUUGAAAAACCAACUUCAGCGGAGGAUACUUGGAAAAAUAGAUCUCAGAAACUGUCUGCGCAUAAACAGAAAAAGAUGCAAGGCUAUAGUGGUGCAAUGAAGCGGUAUCCAAGUGAUGGGUCCAUAAAUAAACCUCCUCACCGUGUAAAGCCUAUAGAGCACCAUUCCCCAUUGCAAUCUCAGUCUGAUCCAGUAUAUUCUCAGGGACAUGAGGCUGCAUUCCAACAGCCUUCAACUCAUCAUAUGUAUACUGAAGAUGGACAAAAAGUAAGUGUUGAUAUUAAUCUCAGGUUAUCGAGUCCUAUUGCUGGAAAAUCCCUGGGCCCAAUUCCUAUUUCCCACAGGGCAGCCCCUGGACCAAGUGCCUACCAGGGGAAUCCAAGGCAGCAACCACCUAUGCAAUAUGAUCCACAGGGCUACCAACACGCUCCUGACCCCCAGGAGUACCAUCCACAGCAAGAAUACCCUGAUGAGCAAUAUUAUGACCAGCCACCACAACAGUUCCAUGCUACAAGGCCUGCGCAGCAAGUGCCUAGGGACCAGAGACAACCAGCCCAAGCCUACAAUCAAAGCCACUCUGCUCCUCAAUAUGAAUAUCAAGAACCUUAUGAGCAGCCGUAUAUUCAACAGGGUCAGCCUUAUCAACAGCAGGGUGGAACAUAUCAACAGGGGCAACCUCAUCAACAGCAGGGGCAACCACAUCAACAACAGGGGCAGUUAUAUCAUCAACAGCAGGGGCAUUUGUAUCAUCAACAGGAACAACCAUAUAUUCAACCUACACAGGCACCAUAUGUAGCCGCAAGACAGUCUAACUCAUACGCUAGAGAUCAAGAAGUUUACCAAUCAAAGGAUUAUGUUUUUGAUGACGAAUCAUAUCCUUCACCCAGAGAAUUCAUCCAAACUGCUUCCGUUGUAAGUCCUGUGCAACAGAAACCAUACGAAGAACCACCACGUUUGGCUGCCCAUACACACCCUAAAACUAAACCGAAGAUGAACCCCUAUAACGCAUUGCCACCUAUUGAUCAAAACCAGUACCAGGGUGAAAUUGAUACACCACAAGCAGAUAAUGGAGGUGGUUAUGCUGCCCAGUUUAAGCAGAAGAAGGAUAAAGUACCUGAUAACUAUAAGGCAUAUACAUACAAAGACUACCAGCGUAUGAAGAAAGAAGUAACUAAGCCAUUGGGAGGGCUUGGCCCUGAUACAGACAGUGAAACCCUCAUUGAGAAGAAAGAGAAGAUCCAGAAACAACGACAAUACGCAAAGAAAGCACAUGAACGCAACAUGAUGAUGAGAGUGAAUCAAAACCCAAUGAAACCCAGGGCAGAGGACAAAACUGAAACUAUUGAUGAAAAAUCACUUAGGCGAAAAAUGGCGAUGGAAUAUGCUAGGAACGUCCCAAGGCCACAGGUCCGGCCACAACCUAACCAGUUCAAUUCCUAUGAAGUAGCGGCUGCUAUGGAUUCACCAAAACCAGGUGCUGGGUCUGACAGCCCUGUUCUAAGGGCUGGUACCUAUUCCCAGAACACUCAUGGAUCUCCUAGAGCUUUACAGAGAAUAAAUAAUCCGCAAGCAGAAAUGAUAGAUCUUGAAAAUUUGAAACAACGUCAUGAGAGGGAGAAACAAAAUAUAGCUACAAUACGUCAGAAUUUAAAUGGUGUGACAUCAUAAUUUUUAUAAUCCUUCAUAAUAUCCUCCAA